UUACACAUUCGACCAAACACGGAAACUCUUUGGAUUCUAAUUUUCCACGAAAGAAAUUGCCAGUACCAACUGGCAAUAGCCAGCGCUGUAAUUGUUGAAAAUAUAUUUGCUUUUAGAUCAUCAAACCAAAAGAAGUUCUUUUUCUUUUCUAUUAUUUCUCAAGUUUUUCUCUUUUAGAUUAUCUACUGGUAUAUAAAGCAGAUAAAAUAAAGCAAUUCCAGAUUCUCAAAAAAGGUACCAGAAUCUCUCAUAGGCCAUAAAUACGCAGCCAGCUUCUAACUGUGAGUUCCACCUCUGGGUUUCGACUUUUCUCUUCUGUAGGAGUUCGUUGAAAGGAAAGCAUUCAUUCAUGGCAGCCCCUUAUGAAAAUGUGCCUCCUGCUAAUCUUGAGGGAAAGUAUAUGGCAAUUAUAGUAUGCUGGCUUCUUGGAAACGGGUGCCUUUUUUCAUGGAACAGUAUGCUUACGAUUGGAGAUUACUAUUCUUACCUGUUCCCGGUAUAUCAAGUCUCUCUCAGAAAUACCAUUCUGCAAGGGUUUUGACACUUGUAUAUCAGCCAUUUGCCCUUGGAACACUUGCAAUAUUGGCAUACCAUGAGGCAAAAAUGAAUACUAGACGAAGAAACCUAUUUGGCUAUAUCCUGUUUUUUAUAAGCUCUUUUUUGGUUUUAGUUUUGGAUUUAGCUACUUCUGGAAAAGGGGGACUUGGAACUUUUAUUGGAACAUGUGCCAUUAGCGGUGCUUUUGGAGUUGCAGAUGCUCAUGUGCAGGGGGGAAUGGUUGGGGAUCUCUCCUUCAUGCGACCUGAAUUCAUUCAAUCUUUCCUUGCUGGCUUGGCUGCAUCAGGGAUUCUAACCUCUGCUUUGAGGUUGAUAACAAAAGCAGCUUUUGAAAGUACCAAGGAUGGUCUUCGCAAGGGUGCACUUUUGUUCUUUGCCAUUUCCACCUUUUUCGAGCUUCUUUGUGUUCUUCUCUAUGCAUUUGCCUUUCCGAAACUUGCAAUUGUGAAGUAUUACCGUUCAAAGGCAGCCUCAGAAGGAUCAAAAACUGUUUCAGCUGACCUUGCUGCUGGCGGCAUCCAAACCUUACCACAACAAGAGGCUGAGGAAGACCCAAAACAACUUGAGCGGCUAAGCAACAAAGAAUUGUUAUUUCAGAACAUUGAUUAUGCACUUGAUAUGUUUCUGAUAUAUGUUCUGACACUAUCUAUUUUCCCUGGAUUCUUAUCUGAAGAUACUGGAUCUCACGGCUUAGGUGCAUGGUAUGCUCUUGUUUUGAUUGCAAUGUAUAAUGUAUGGGAUCUUAUUGGAAGAUACAUUCCACUCUUGAAAUUCCUGAAGUUGGAAUCACGGAAAGGUCUCAUGAUAGCAAUUCUUUCUCGGUUUUUACUCAUCCCAGCAUUCUAUUUCACGGCCAAGUAUGGUGACCAAGGCUGGAUGAUACUGCUCACAUCCUUCUUGGGGUUAACAAAUGGUUACCUCACUGUCUGCGUCCUUACUUCUGCGCCAAAAGGUUACAAGGGACCGGAGCAGAAUGCCCUGGGAAACCUUCUGGUUUUGUUUCUUCUAGGAGGUAUUUUUGCAGGGGUGACACUCGACUGGCUGUGGCUAAUAGGCAAAGGCUGGUGAGUGUUUAUCUUUGCUGAUCUAUAGGAAGUGACUUCUUAUUUUAGAUAGUCGAGAAAAACUAUAUUUCCAAUUCUAUUGAGUAAUGAUUCAUUAAAUUCACGUCUAGGCUUUACUUCUAAAUUGAAAUGUUAUGUACAGCCUUCUUUAGGGAACUCAUGAUAAUUACUCGAUUGUUUCUUCA